GUGUCCAAGUUGACGCUACCGUCGUGAUCGCCGGCAAGUUCCUUUUCUACGAAGUGAGUCGUGGACGAGCCGCUCCCAGCGAGCGUCCAGCCUGAAGAACGGAAUCGUUCAAGCAACGCCUUUGGGAGAAGAGGGCCAGAAAAACCCGUCAGAAACAUAGCAGAUGCCGCAGACCACGCCGGCUUUCCUCGACCUUUAAUGAACUCGUUCCUGGCUUGGACCAUCUCGGUGGUCUCCAAACUGGUCUCUUGUCUGUAGUCUGUUGAAUAAAAAGUCCCUCCCCAUCUUCAAAACAGUCCUGGGUUCUGAACCUGCCAUCCAAGAAACUCAGGAGCAGGAGUUGACAGCCUCUGCGUCCCUCACCUCCCGGAACAGGACCCAACAUGUCUCGGGCCACCAAGAGGAAGCACGUGGUGAAGGAGGUGCAGGGGGAGCACAUGGUACCCUCCGAGAAGCAGCAGAUCGUGAGGGUACUCAGAACCCCAGGGAACAAUCUGCACGAGGUGGAGACAGCCCAGGGGCAGUGCUUCCUGGUGAGCAUGCCCUCCAAAUACCGCAAGAACAUCUGGAUCAAGAGAGGGGACUUUCUCAUCGUUGACCCUAUUGAAGAGGGAGAAAAGGUGAAGGCUGAGAUUUGCUUCGUGCUCAGCAAACAUCACAUGAGCUCUCUGCAGAAGGAGGGGCGCUGGCCUGCGGCCUUCUCUGAAGUGGCAGAGAAACACAACGGGAACAGCCGGCAUCAGCCAGAACUUGCACCUGAGCCCGACGCGUUGGAAGACAAGUCCAGUUCUGAAGAUGAUUCUGACCUCUUUGUUAACACCAACCGCAGACAGUAUCUGGAGAGUGAGGAGGAGGAGAGCGAGGAGGAGCAGGCAGCCUGAGACCCUGGACCCACCAGUCCUCUUGCUCAGAGACUAGUCCGCGGCUCCACCGAGCUGGGACAUUCCCAGAGUACGCGGCACAUCUUCCCCCUGGGGGGGACAAGGCAGGACCCCUCUCUGAACUGACCUUCUGACCUAGACGAAUUAAACCCCUGGUGGGUGGUGACUGGUGCUGGUGUCCGAGUGGCUCUUUGGAGGGAGGAGGGACCUGUGGUAAAGUUAAAAACUGACUGCUCUUUGGGGGAGUCCUCAUGGGCAGGUGGGCUGGAUGGGCUAGAAAUGGAGAGUGCCUGGGGUCUUUGCUACAUGUCCUCUCUCUCUCUCUGUCUCUCUCUCUCUCUCUCUUUCUGUCUCUCUGUCUCUCUCUCUCCCUUGGCACUUAGUGAGUGCCAAGCCCUGUGCUGUGCCUCCUUUCAUGUAUUUAAUACCCGGGCACAGUCCUACUUCAUUGGCUGCUUCAGUCAGUGCUGAUGCAGCCAUUCAGGAUCAUAGCUGUAGGACCCAGUGCCAUAGGACCUGCCUCUCAGAAACACUCAGGAUGAAUUUCAGGAAGCCUUGGAAGCUGCUCUCCCGGCCUUUUAGUCACAGGAGUGCCCACCUCCAUGCUGCUGUGUACAUCCCCUGGCUGGUGGCUUCCAUGUGGCCUCUCAGACCAUCACCCCUCAGCCCUGUUAUAACGCCCAUCAUCCCUCUUCUCUUUGGAAGCCUUUACCUCGGGCUCUACACCCUCUUCCUCGCUGGCAUCGACCUUGUAGUCAUUGCUCAGACAUGGAUGAGCUUCGCUUACCUCCUGGCUUAGAGUCUUCUACCCCCGAUUCUGUCAUUUUCUCCCUCCCGUGGACGGGCCUGUUCCACACUGUGGCCCUUUACUUCCUUGAUGUCCCCAUCACUAACAUGCCUGUCUUCGAGUCUAGGCCUGCGGCCUCCAUCCAUCCUCCCUGGACCCCUGGCAUCCAUAGAAAUUGCAGCACCUGCUGUGGGCUGCUGUGUGCUGACCUGGGCUACCGUGAGCGGCCGGUGGCCAUACUGGCCGGCAGCUGGCAUGUGGCCAAUAGUCGGUGUGAGCGGCCGGCAGCCGGCGAGAGCGGCCAGCAGCUGGCGAGAGCUGCCAUGAGCGGCCGACCAACGACUGGUGACCGACGGCCUCAGCCGGGGGGAGUGUAAGGCUCAUAAUACCAGCAUGGGCCAGAGAACUGUGUCUUACACAACUAGACUGAGAAAAAACAGCUUAAAAACAAAAACCGGGGUGGGGCCAAAAACAACAAAGAAAAAGAAAUUGCAGCACCUAUUGAAUUCGGCUACCUGUACAAUCACCGCCUCUGGCCUUCUUAACUUGCUCAAGUACCCCCUCUGCAGCAAUUCUUUAUCUUCAUCCUCCAGCACUGCCACAUUCUCAUCAUGGCGCUCCCAUCUUCACUUCCGUCCUAUACAGCGUGGAUUCCAUGGUCCACACCCUCCACCCCUGGUCUGCCUCCAUUGUCUUCAUCUAUAAAACCUCAUCCCCGCCCACACAACCGCCCACUCAACCGGUCACCUCUGUGCCUGCGCCCAAGUAGCUCCUGGAGCAAACCGCCAACCUGUCUCUGGGAUGUAUUUCCCAACUUCUGUGUGUUCCACCAAUUCCCCCUUCCCCUGUUAGUUACCACAGCUCAUACUUCAUGAAGAAAUAGCCAUUGGGGGAACUCUCACCUCCCCAUUACCAACCCUGCAAAUGUGCUCAUGGGUCUUCCUAUCUUUCCAUCUUUUCCUCAUUUACUCAUUCACUUUGUUUGCUUAGUAUCGCUUUAAGUAUAUGUAUGUGUGUGUGUAGACGUAUGUUUAAAAAUCCAUUUUUGUAUAUACACAAAAAAUUGACUUCAGGCAAGGUAGAGUUAUGUGUGUUUAUACCUAUUUUUAACUUGUCGGAAGUUUAAUUUUUUAUGGGAGACAGCUAACGUUUUUCCUAAAGGGAUGGCCACUUGUCCCUAUACCAUUGAUUGAAUGGGUCAUUCUUUCCUCACUGAUUUUAAAAUACCUCCUUAAAAUAAACUGUAUUCCUGCAUAUAAAUGGAUCUCUUUGGAAUUUCU